ACUACAAAUGGAUAACAAUGAAUGCGAAAACGAUGAAGAUAUCAUAAAUAUUCGCGCACAUGGAAAGGAAAGUUGAGAUUCUCGGCAAAUGUUGGCUUGUGUCAGUGGAAAGACUUGAGAGGUUAUCGCCAUGGACGAUCUUCAUUUCUGAUCAACCCGGAGAUAGAUAUAGAGAGAGAAAAAAGGAGUAAAAAAUUCCAGUCAUGUCUACAAGCUCAACUGAUUCGUCGCUUCCAAUUCAAAGGUUAUUAGGGAAGGUGGCACUGGUAACUGGUGGAGCCUCUGGCAUUGGAGAGAGCAUUGUGCGAUUAUUCUACAAGCAUGGUGCAAAGGUUUGCAUAGUUGAUGCGCAAGACGACCUUGGUCAAAAUGUCUGCAAAUCUCUUGGUAGUAACCCGGAUGUAUGCUUUUUUCAUUGCGACGUCGCAGUAGAGGAUGAUGUUUGCCGUGCAGUUGACUUUGUGGUUAACAAGUUUGGUACACUGGAUAUUAUGGUGAACAAUGCUGGUAUAUCAGGCAAUCCAUGCUCUGAUAUUCGGAAUUAUGAUUUAUCAGAGUUUGAGAGGGUUUUCGAUGUAAAUGUAAAGGGUGUUUUCCAUGGAAUGAAACAUGCAGCUCGGAUUAUGAUUCCACUAAAGAAAGGUACAAUCAUUUCUCUUUGUAGUGUUGCUAGUGUUAUAGGCGGCAUAGGCCCACAUGCAUACGUAGGGUCUAAGCAUGCUGUUUUGGGGCUCUGCAAGAACGUUGCAGCUGAGCUGGGAAAAUAUGGUAUACGCGUGAAUUGUGUUUCACCUUAUGGAGUUGCAACAGGAUUGGCUUUGGCUCACUUGCCAGAGGAUCAAAGAACUGAUGAUGCAUUGGCAGGUUUCCGUGCAUUUACUGGAAAGAACGCUAACUUGCAGGGCGUGGAAUUGACAUCUACAGAUGUGGCUAAUUCUGUUCUUUUCCUGGCAACUGAUGAAGCUAGGUAUGUAAGUGGAGCUAAUCUCAUGGUUGAUGGUGGCUUUACAUGCUCAAAUCACUCACUUCGAGUCUUUCGAUGAAGAGUAAUAUUCAGGAGCUAUUAUAAACUCCUCAUUUUGGUGGUUGUCUCAAGCAUCUAUGAAGGGGGUAUCUCCGUGGGGACUUUGUGGCCUUUUGACUCUUAGGAGUACUGAAUGCAAGGAAAUGUUACCGUAGCUACAUUGUCUUUUUAAUCUUUGAUAGCUAAGAUUGUUUUGUAUUAAUCUAAAGGCUGCAAAUUCAGAGUAAUUACCUUGUGGCAGCAUCCAGUGAUGCAGUACUAGCCUGUUUGCAGAAUUCAAUAAUAGGUAAAGAGGGCCAAUUGGGGAUUUGAACGUUGUGUGGAUCUGUUUGUGAAUUGAACUGGAGGUUUACAUGACAUGUAUGGUCAUGUAAUUGCAAUGGAUAUGAAAUAAAUUUUACUA